AUGUCUUCGAGAAGGAGUUUCGAGAUUUUCAAUGCAUCUAACAUAAAUAAGAAUGCUGACCAGUUUGAAAGAGAUAUCGCACCUGUGCUUGCUCAUGAUGCGAUUAGAGCCGAGUCAAGUGUCGAUUUACGAAAUGCAUUAAAUGCCACUCUGAAAUUGGAGGAUAUCAAUAAAAGAUUACCGGAUGUUUUAACGGAAGAAGAUGCUGAACUUCUGGAGAUAACUUUGGACAAGACGGACCCUGAUUCAUUGAAAUUACAAGAAAGCAUGAGAAAUCUCGUUUCACAAGUAACCCCAAAGUUGGAGAUGCAAAUGGAAUUAUUACUCUCUACAAGUCAAGGGAAAAUUGUUGAUUUGACUAGUAAGAAUGAAACCUACAAAGUUGAGCUAGAUCAGAUGAAUGCUCAAUUAAUUGCACUUCGAACUGGAACAAAUUUGACUGAUGCUAUGAAAGAUUUAUCGGAUAGUCAUUAUAAAGCCAAAGAAAAGCUCACUGAAGGUAAGGUUGAUCUUAAAACUACUUCCGAUUUGUACAAAAAAAUCGGGGCUUUAGAAAGUCGAAAGGAUAAUUUAAAAAGGGAUUUAUCUAUCACUAAUACAAAUCUCCUAAGUAUGACCAAGGAAAGGGACAAUUUGAGAACUACCAAGGCUAAUCAUGAACAAAUUGAACGAGAAUCAAAAAGGUUAGCUGAACAGUGCCAAAAAAAUUAUCAAAGAAGAAUUAGGGAUUUAGAAGAAGCCAUUCAAGCAUCUAAAUUGAACCUAGAGCGAGAGAAGGCCGUCACAUCUGGUCUUGCUGCACGUUUAUCAGAAGAAGAGAAUAAGUCAAAGGGACUACAAAAGGAUAUUGAUGAUUUAAGAAAUCGACCAGUUCUAGCCGCUGAUAUGCAUGCAGGAAGGUCUAAUUUUCUUGAAAAAAUCGAACUUGAGGGAGCAAAGACAACUUUACAGGGUAAGAAUGAACUUCUUACUAUGAACUUGAACAAUUUAUCCAAGGAGAUGGUUAAUGAGAAGGCAAAGUCGGCUCAGAUUCCGGGACUGGAAACCAGGAUACGAACCCUUCAAGAAGAUAUGGAGAAAUUAUCAACAUCUCAUCAUGAAAGAUACCAAGAAUCCAUGAAGUCCGUUGAAGAGGCAAAAGCUAAUUUGGUUCAGAAAGAAGAGAAACUCGAGGAAGUCAAUAAAAUUUUGGACAUGCAAAAUGUUAGACAAAAUGAAGACGCUACUAAACUCGAACAGCAGAUUGCAUUGAUCAAAGAGAAAGAUGCUAGAAUUGAUACACUUCUGAUUCGAGUUCAAAAUUCAGACUCUUUACAAGGUAUAUCCGAAGAAUAUGCUCAGUGUCGCGCGAAAUGGGACGAGGAGAAGAUUCAAAUGAAUAAGUCAAAAAUUAGGUUGGAAGGAGAACUUCGAGUUACAAUGAAACAUUUAGGUGACUUUCGAACUGCAGAUUACAAAAGUCGAAGAGUAUAUAGAGCUCUCGAACAAACAUUCGAAACUUUCAAAACCAAUGCUGAGAAUGAUAGGAAAGCGGAAAAUGUUAAAAGAAUGAAAGAAUUCGAAACGGAAAGAAGAAAAGGAAAUCAAAUCCAAAUGAAGCUUGAUGGCGCAGUUGCGGACCUUGAGAAUACUCGCAAGGCUUAUCAAAUUGCUCAAAAGAGAAUUGAGAAUUUAGAAGCAACUCAAGACAAAGUUAUUGGUGAUUGUUUCAACAAAUCAGAAGGAGCUGGUUUUCUAAAAGGUCAAGUAGAUUUACUCCAAAAUCAAGUGAACUCACUUCAAGGGCAAGUCAAAGAUAUGAACUCACUUCAGGAUCGAAUCAAGGAAUUGGUCGAAGAAAAUAGUUACCUCGAUAUCUUGAUUGCUCAAGAGGAAAUUUCAAAGAAGACUCGAGAAGCACGAAACAAUGAACGUCUUAGUAGAUUGGAAGAAACCUUAAGAGCACACCAACGUCAAAUAGCAUCACUUAGAUCAGAAGUGGAAACUAAAACGCAGGAAAUCAAGCAUCGAGACGAAGAAAUUUCCCGGUAUUGUGAAUCAAUCAUUGAUUACACGAAUAAGAUUGGAGAAUUGCGGAAACGCGUCAAUGAAGUUAGUAAUGAGAGAAGUGAACUGGCUUGCAAGGAAGUCAGGUUUCAUUGUGAAGUGACUGCGGCCACCAAAGCAAAAGAUCAAUUCGAGUCGAAAUACAAAUCAUCUCAGAAAUUGAAUGAGGACUUGCAAAACGAGUUGAAUAGCCUGAAGACUGCACACAGUUUGUGUAAUGAUUCCUCAUUCCAAAGACAGAAUAGUGAACUUCGGAGGAAGAAUGAAGAAAUGGAGAAGCUCAACUAUCAUGGUCUGAAGACGGAGAUCACUAAUUUGAAGUCAAAGUUGACUACAAUGGUACCAAGAUCCGACUUGGAUACAUUACAAGCCCAAUUUGAUACACUUAAAACCGAAGCAAAUAAGGAUAGAACAUCUCUUGCAAGUGUAGUCACACAAGAAGAUCAUGAAGCAAUUUUGCAAAGGGUCAGAACUGUCUAUGAGAAUGCGUCCAAAGAUUUGGUACCUAAAGUCGAUCUUGAAAGCACGCAGAAAAGAUUCAAUGCAGUCGAUCGGGCUCAAUCCCAACCGCAAGUUAAUUCCAAAAACGGUUUUCAGGCUGGUACUUCUAUACCUGUUACGCCAUCAUCCACACGCCACCAUACUGGGAUGGAUUUAUCACACUCGAGAGCUAGUUCUACAUUCACUGGAUUCAAUUCUGGUGUCCCUCUCCCUGGUCCAAACUCCACUUCUGAAACUCUUGGUCAUGGUGUUAACUUGGGCAUAGAAAAUGGUCAACAGCUGUCAAUUCCACCGCAAAAUAUGGACAUCCCGUUGACAAUUAUUGAACAAUCUCCACAACCGGCGAGACUUGGACAACCCUCGAGAAUUCCUAGGUCCCCACAGGAUAUGAACAUGCGAUUUGGAACCUCUCAAGGAGUUAACCGUCAACAGUUCCAGAGUCCCAUGCCCCCAAAUACUGGUCAUUCAUCUCGGGCUCAGACCCCUUCACAUAUUCCACUUCCAGCUUUCGGUCGACAAUAUGUAGAUUCUAUGCUACCACAACCUGGUUAUUCUUCUCGAGCUCAAAUGCCUUCUCUUCCUCCUCCAACUUUCAGUCAACAAUUUGGAAACCCUAUGACACCGGGUAUCGGUCAUUUAUCUAGAGCUCAAACACCUUUGCAAAUUCCAGCAGCUCUCGAUCAACAGGCUCGUAACUAUAUGACAUCACAACCUGGUAGUUCAUCUCGGGCUCAAACUCCUUCACACAUUCCCAUUUCAGUACAAGCAGGCGGGAUGAUGACGACUUCAAGACAAUCAUCAAUACAGCCACAUAAUAGAUGCAUGUUUUUGAUUAGUGGUACAGUCAAUCAAGGACCUAGAACGUUACAGGUUCUACCAGAGUUGAUAGAUAAGAUUCAAAUGGAAAUUCAAGAUUGGGAUUCACAUCCUUCAAACACGAAAAGGAGGUGGGAUAGAAUUUCCAAAAUGAGCGCUGACAGAUUCGCUUGUCCAUACUGUGUAGAGAAUCGAAAACUUUGCGUGUUGGUAUCCCUUUCUGGGCCAGUCAUUGCACCUCUACCUAUUAAUUCUAGGUCUGUCGAUGCUAACCCUACCACAAGGGGAUAUUGUAUCAAAGAAAUAUGA